AUGUCUCGGUCCAACGACCCAGGGCAUUACUUCCAGACCACCUCUGCGCUCAACGAGACCGCGCGCAAGGCCGCCAAGUCGAAGAACGACAAGGGCAGCCCGUUCAAGCUCCCUUCCAAGAUCCUCGCCGUUGUCCCAGAUCCGCAGAAUGAGAAUCAGAUAUACAUAGCCGAGGCGGCCGGCAACGUGAAGCGGAUCAACCUUGAAACUAAGAAAGUAUCCGCAUCCUUCGCUGGACCUGUUGCGCCCCUCACAUCACUUGCCGUCUCACCGAGAUCUGACACUGUAUACGCUGGAUGCUGGGACAAGUCGAUCUGGUCAUGGACGCUGUCCACCGGCCAGCUGGCAAAGCGGUUCCAAGGGCACAGCGACUUCGUCAAGGCUGUCCUGCCGUUCACCUUGCAAGACAAGGAUAUCCUAGUCUCCGCUUCGGCGGACGCGAGCAUCAUCGUUUGGGACGCCGCCACGGGCAGCAAGCUACACACACUCAAGGGACACACACGGGGGGUUCUCGCGCUUGCGCUCGACUUCGCAGAGUAUGAAGCAAGCAAAGACUCGGCAACGGUGUUCAGUGCUGGCAGCGACCGAGAGAUACGACGCUGGAAUAUCGGGUUUGCCUCGGCCUCAGAGAUGGAGCCUUCGCCAAUCAUUGCACAUGAGACAAGCAUCGAUGCUAUACACUUCGACUCGGACGGAGACCUCUGGACUGCUUCUGCAGAUAAAACCGCAAAGUGUCUUUCGAGGGGCAGGAGCUGGGAAGAAGACUCGGCUUUCGAACACCCGGACUUCGUGCGCGAUGUGGCUGUGGACGAAGAGGGGGGUUUGGUCAUCACAGCUUGCAGGGAUGAAGAGGUCCGCGUAUGGGAGAAGGGCAGUGGCAAGCUGCAUCACACUUUCACCGGACAUUUCGAGGAAGUCACCGGGCUGGUCCUGUUGCCUGGCCAGAAACUUGUCAGUGUGAGUAUCGAUGCGACAGUGCGACAGUGGAGCCUGAAGGCGCAGGAGCUCGCCAAGGCAGUCAAAGAAGCUGAGGACGAACAGCUUGGUAAGACCAAAGAAAAGGAGCCGGAGAAGAAAGAGGGCAUGAUGACCGCCGAGGAAGAAGCAGAACUGGCCGAACUUAUGGGAGAUAGCGACUAG